AUGGGCAAUGCACCGGACAGUUAGUUUUUCCCCUUUGAUGCACUAUUCGCGCGAUUCGUUUACGUGCUUUACCGACUCUACCGCUUCCAUUUCCGCUGCUGACUACACAGUGGCCACAUAUCUCCUCUCUCCGAUGGACCUCUCAAUGUUCUCUGUUGCAGAGUGUUCCAGCAUGAAAGUGCUGCCUUCGCCCUCUGCCAACAGAAACACCUCAUCGCCCCUGAAGACGUCCGCCGACGACGACUCUCUGCCCGGCCAGCCUUCUCCGAAACGGGUGUCCGAAUGGAUAGAAAAGGAUGCCGGAGGAGUGCGGCCGUCGCUCGGAUUCAAAAGCUUUCACGCAGAGAACGCUGCUGAAUUCUGGAGAAACGGAGUUCCCGCAUGGGCAGCCGAACCUGUGACGCCCACGUAAACACUCUUUUCACCUCGUCUGCCCGCACCCAUUCACAUUUCCAGCAAGUUCGAGACGGCGCAUUUUCCGACAAUAGAAUCACGAAGCCCGACGUCUCGUUUUUGGGCGUCCAAUCGGUUUCAGAAAAGGUAAAACGAAUGCGAUCAAUGAGAAUUCGCACACUUGUGCAUUCAAUCCCCCAUUUCUUCUUUUUUGAAAACUGUUCGUAAGCAUACAUAUGCUAAUUUUCCGAGAUUGUGAAAAGAAAGGCGUGCACACACAAAAUAAAUAUAAAUGAGAUGUCGCGUCUCGAAAAUUCACGUUUCUAUUCGAAUAAUCACACAUCUUCCUUUUCGGACCUCGAAAUCUUAUACAGCGGCGUUUGCGUUCUGAAAAUUACAAGUCAGCCGACAUUCGUCGUCUUUUCACAAUUGUGGGAUUACUGUAGUGGAACGUAAUUGAAAUUUCAUCCAGAAUUCAACGUUUUCCAUCUUUCAGUCCGUUGAAUUCUAAUUCUAAUCACUGGCGCGGAACGCAACGCGUUCAGCAAAAAUCCUUUUCGAAAAAGCUGAAAUUUGAAGAGGAAUCUGAAGGAAAUCGGUGAGGGACGAGCGAAAACUGAUUAAGCACGUGACCACAAGUUGAGGUGGAAAUAGAAUAUGCUUGACUAAUCUGUAGUCGCUAAUUAUCAUCUGAAAUCUCGUACAUCAACCCAGAAAAAGGCAUCAGAAAACAGUAAGAACGUUUUUAGUUGUUAAACUUUCAGAGUGUGAAAAAGAGGAACGAAAAGGCAGACGCUUUUUUCUGUUGGGCGGUGCAUAUAAAUCAUUCUAUCAGUCAGCCACAUAUUCCACGCGUUUUGUCCUCUUUUCCCCCUUUUUUGAAACAUGUAUUUUUUGCAGGCCCGUCUCUUCGUCUUCUAAAAAUCGAGUUAAGUCUGCUCCCAUCCCGAACAAUACGCCCACUUCGGAUUCGUCCUUCUCCUUCUUCGCCGUCACCGAUUCGACCAUGAAACGACAAAAGAAGAAGGAGAAAAAGAAGGCGAGACAGAUGAAUAAGGAGCAACUGCUAAAGAAGCAAAAGGUAUUCCGUUGAGAUACGCGCGAGUUUAUCACACAUUUCUUACUUUGCAGCUCCAGCGCGCGGAGGUGUUAAAGAACUACGAGAUGAGAGCGGCGGAGCACAAGAGACUUCUCGCAGAGUAUGCUGCCGCGGUAGCCAAGCCAACGGCGACGAAAAAAGAGGCGGGCGUCCCCUCGCAGCCUGAGAAAGGAGACUCGUCGGCUUCCUCUUCUAACCCCUCUUCAUCAUCUGCUGGCCUUGGUUCUUCCGCUGAAAAGGAGUCGAACGCAUCGAGUUCAAAGACCCAAAAAGAGUUUAUGCCGAAGGAAAUAGAAAACGAUGUCAUAGCGAAAGAAGUGGAAUCAGAGAACACAGAAGACGUGGCAGAAACGGUUGUGCAGCAGGAAGAUGACUUCGUGGCUGAAGAAGACGUUACUGUUUAUGAGGACGCCUAUUCGGAGGAUGAGAACGUUGAAGAUGAAGUAGGAGACGUUGGUAUUGUUGAUGAUAGGAAUGCCGAAGUCGAGGUCAUUGUCGAAGUGUGUUCAUGCGGAGAUAACUACGAAGAGCACAUCGAGGAAGAGUUUGUGGAAGUGAGAGAGACUUUGAAAAUCGAAGAUCAAAAUGUGAUGAUCGAGGACGAAGACGUUGAGCCGGAGGAGGAGAUGCUGACUGCGGAGGAACCCGACGAGGAGUUCGAAGUGCUUAUUUGUGGACAACGACGCAAAGUGAAGCCGUUCAUUCCACGAGCUCAUCAGAAUUCGUCUUCGGGAGACGAAUGCGAAACGAUCACUGUCGAAACCUUCUCAUCCAACUCAGUUUUCGACAUUCCUGAGCACGAACCGAUCGUUGUGCCGUUUCGUGAUGCGAUUCCCGCACCGCCACCAUCUAGGCCUCAGAGAGUCACCAUGAAUUCGCAACCGCCACCGCCGCCCUCUCGAUUCAUGGCGAUGCCACUGCAGAUGCAAAGAGCUCCUCCUGUCAUCUUUGGUCAGCCCAUCGUUAGUUCAUACGGACAGUUGCAACCGAGAUAUUCUCCGAUGUACGGACCGUCCCCAUUCCCGCCGAUGCAGAUGAUACGAAUGCCGCCAAACCCAAUGCCAAUGCCAGGAAUGCCGAUUGCAAUGCUUAUGAACGGGGCGCCCAUGUUCUUGCCACAACAGCCAGGGCUGCCUAUUCCACCACAAAUGCAAAUGCAGCAAGCACCCCAUAUGCUCGUUCCUCAACAACAUCCCACUCCGAUUAUUACCUCCAUGAUGGCUCUGCCCCAACCGCCUCCACAACCACAGCCAGUUCAUCAGAACUGCAACGGACCACGCCAGAUCCCUCCAAUUCCUCUGCCACCACCGCCGCCCUCUCAAAUUCAACCGCAACAGCACCAGCCGCCGCUUCAACCGAUGGCACCUCCACAGUCCGUAAGAUAUCCGGGACAGCGACCACUUCAAAGACCUCGUCGUAAACUGUUGGCUAUCAAACCGCCGCCGCCAGCACCGCCGCUUCAACUGCAAGAACCGGCCGCGUUGCCAGCACCGACCCAGCCGGAGCAUAAGAAUGAUCAGAAAGAAGAAUCUCCGGUAGAAAUAGAAGACAAAGAGAAGGAAGCUGUUGCUGAGCCGGUUGAAGAAGAUGUUCCGAUUGUGGUCGAGGUGAAAUCGGACGUGGAGGUGAUCAUUGAACGCAAUCUGACACGUCAAACUUCGAGUGUGGAUCUGAACAGCAAUCUAAUAGCAUCAGUAGUGGCCGUCGUUUUGGACGAAUCAGAAGACAAGGAACUUCCAUGUGAAGCUGCAAUCGGUUCUGCUCCGGAUCAACCACACUCAUCGCACCAAGAGGAAGAUUCUCAACUUCAAACAGCCAACCGUGUGCUCGGAUUCUCGAAGCAUUGUGAAGGAACUGAUUUUGAUAUUUGGGCCGGAUGGACGAACGGUCUUCCGCCCCGCCCGGAACAGUCUGUGCUGGAGCCAGUGUUCGAGAAGAUGUUGGAAGAAGAUCAGAGUCCGAGCCAUCAAGGAACGAUAAUAGAACCGUUGGUUCUAUCAGAUCAAACGAAGCCGAAUCUAGUGAAGAUCUGCAAGAAAAUGGAGCCCUAUUUCAUGUAAGUAACCCUAGUUUCGUUCUCUCACCAAAACGGUUCAAUUUUAGGAAUAGCCGUGGUUAUUGGAUGGGAGCUUCCGUGGACAGUGAAAUACUAUGUGGCAUGUUCGAGCAGGCGCUCGGCGGUUCCAUUCCGGAAAGUGUUUGGCCAAUUCUGGAGAAGGUGUGCUUGCUGAGACCUGGUUAUUUUCACAUCUUUGACGUCCUCAUCGGCAACAGUCUCGAGUUGAGCUACAAUUUCAAAUGCAAUCCUGGGGACGAAAAAGAAGGAGGUCCCGAUCCUCUCCACACUCUCUACCAAUCACUUCCUCCGGCUGAAGGAGUUGAAAAGUUCUUCACUCGAUUCGAAAAUAACAUUCUGCCGUAAGAAAUCGUUUUUUUAUAAAUCUCUUUUUUAUGUUUUCAGAGAACUCAAUCCGUUCAUCUCGAACCAUCUCGUCACAAUUCGUGCUUUUGUCACUAUCAUUGAAAUCGUCAAGGAAGAUGAUUUGUCAGUUUCGGAUCUCUACUACCUGGCCACCCUUGUCUUCGGAUCUCGCCAGUUCUAUCACCGAUUCCUCGCCAAAUUCACUCAGUUCCAUGUGGUCGAGUCCGGUGGAAAACGAUGGAUUCGCCAACAACCGGAGCCGAACGGUGAACGUAAUAAGACACCUUCUAUGCUCGGGCAAAUGCGUGCGUCGCACGAGAAUCGCGCACGCACCGUCACAGAUUUCAUCUCGAUUCUACGCCAACAUAUAGACGAUGUCCUCCAGCUGAUGCCGGAUAGUGUUGUCAAUGAUAUCGAAUUCUUCAAAACGGUCAAAUUGGUGUGUGGAUGGAAUGGAAAACACGAAGAACAAAUCUGGGAAAUAGUGUGUGAACUCUUUUCAGAAAGGAAGUUAAUAUUUCGUUUCAGAUCACCAAAGAUCGCUCCAAGUUCCAAGAGUUCUACGACUCUUUCCGCCCAUUCUUCCGCAUAGAAAUUCGUAUGGGUUCAAUGUACCUCAAAAAGUUGGCGUACUCCGACGACGAUGACGCCACUGACUAUCAAACGAUGGAAGUCGAUGUCGGCUCGCAGACAACUCCACUGAUCGGUUUGAUCAAAUCGGGCGAGCACAAAGAAUCUAAAUCGGUUUCGUAUGCGAUUCCGGAACCUCUAUUCACUGCGAACAUUCCGACUGUCAACCCGACUCAAUCUUCCUGCUCAACACAAACGGAUCACUUGGAUUUGAGCCAAGUGUGGAAUCUCGAGAGAGAACUGAUUCGUCUUCUGGCUCGCGAUAACUCCACCUUCAGCACGUUUAUUCAAAGCGAUAAUGCUCGUGAGAUGUGAGUUUGCAAGUCGUCCGUUCGCUUUCACAAAAUGACAGAUUCAGGUAUCAGUUCCUCGUGGAUCUCUUCAAACAUGCCGAUAUGCGCUACUUUGCAUAUGUCAUGGAGAAAGCGGUCACCGAAAUGCGGCAACAAUCAUGGCAGGAGACUGUCGAUUUGCGGAGAGCGGCCGAAGAAGCGAGACAGCAACUGGAAGUGGCACGGGAGCAACAUGAGAAAGAAUUCGGCAACAUGCGUAGCCGAAUGGAAACUAUCUCUCGCUUCGAGACGUACGAAGUGCAAGUGGAGUCGAAUGCGAGAAUAGACGCACUGAAAGAACGGAUCAAGCAGAUGACACUGGAAAAAGACAUGGUGGUGAAGGAAGAAGCGAGAGAAGAGAAGGAGGCGUGCUACAGGGAGAUGAGAGAAAUGGCCGAGAAGCAUCUUCAUGAGAAAAGGUGGGGAAGGAACUUCUUGGAGUACAAAUCAAUUCUUAAAUACUAUUUCAGGCUUCUGGAAGAUGAGGUCAGUCGUCUGAAGCAUGAGCUCUCUCGUGUGUUGACCGAGGAAGACGUCAACAGAGAGUUGCAAAAUAUCGAAGAGGAGCGAGCUGAGGUGGCGGAACGCUACGAAAGGGAGAUGAACAAGGCGAGAGCUGUCUGCAAGAACACUUCUCUUCUGCUUCGUGAUAGUCAGCUGGAGAUCAAGUCACUCCGUGAACAGAAUCAAAUCCUCAUCGCGUCCCAAGAAUGUAAUGUGACUGCCAGCAAUGCCAUGCCAUUCACUCCGGAUCCCACACCGAUUCCAGAUGAUCCUGAAGAUAUUCCUCCCGUUUCCCCGCCUCCGUUCCAAUAUAAUCCAUCGGCUUCUCAUCUCCUGCAGUCAGCUGAGAAGAUGCUCUCCGAGUUGAAUGCCGAUCAACUUCGUGUAGAUGCUCACGCGUUCCUCGAGCGUUACAACCAAACAAAUGCCAAUCGCAAAGAAAGAAAAACAGCCGAAAAGCAGUUGAAAGAGUUCAAGGCGACGUUGGAAAGCAUCGAAUGCAGUCUGAAAGAGAACAUUGAGUUGCUCAGACUGAACAUCGUCGACGGACUCAUUCCGAUUCCCGAAGUGCCGUUGCCGUUCUCGGAGAAGGUUACACGCAAAGUUUACGAAGAAGAACAGAGUUUUCUUCCACAAGGAAGUAGUAGACAGCACGGAGAGGUAGGCCAGCAGAGACCUUGGUGGAGACGGUAGAUUCCUAUUUAUUGCACUAUAUUUUCUUACUUUCUAUAUAUUCCUGUCAAAAUGCUCUUUUCGAGGGGUAAGUGGGAUCUAUCCUUGUUUUUUCUGUCUUGUACAUUAAUCUCUGAUGACAUCAAUAUCGGAUUAUUUCAGGAAGAAGAGGACUGCUGCCUCAUUUGCUACGAAACGGUGCCCGAGGAUCCCACUAAUAUCACGUGCGAAACGUGCUCCCACCAGUACCAUUACGACUGUAUUUCUCGCUGGCUGAGAAUCAACUCGGUGUGCCCCGCCUGCUACCGUGCUCUAAAAGACCCGAAUGAGUAUCCGUCGCUCGGAUGA